UCAAUCUGCUGAUGGUGCUGGAUACUAGUAAAUAUGACUUGAAGAUAAUGAAGAGAAUAGAUAACAGAGCAGAUGAUCCAGUUUGUAGAGUAAAAUAUGUCAGGAUUAGGGAAUGUAAUCUUUAUAAUAAAAGACAUGAAGUGACAGUCAUUAAUGGGACUGUGAUAAUAAACCGUGUGAUCAGAGCAGAUUCAGGGAAUUACAGGUUAACUCUCGAUCGCUCAGAUGGCUCAGAAACAUCUAGAGAUCUUCAGGUGAUUGUUGAAGCUCCUAUUGGCUCAGUGGAAGUGUCAAUCAUCUGCUCCUCCAGUGGGGGGAUGAGGGUGUUCUGCUCCUCUGAGGGGGAUCAGCUCCUCUACAGCUGGACUCUGAAUGGAGAUCCACUGAUGGAUGGAAACAGCAGCAUUGAUCUGGAUGAGGGAACUGAUGGAAACAUCAGCUGCAGUGUGAAGAACCACGUCAGUCACGCACAGAAGACCAUUAGACUCAAACCCUGUCCUGUGUCUCUGGUGUUUGUUCUGGUCUGGUGUCUUCAGCUGAUGGUUCUGUUGGGUCUGUUAGGAGCUUUUCACAUCUACAUGAGACACACAUCAGGAAAGAAACAGGAAGAUCAGAAAGUGAGGAUGAGAAGAUUGAGAGAAGGACAUGUACACACAGCAGAAGAUUCAUGAGAGCAGCAGCAGAUCAUCACAUCUAUGAGAAAUAACUUCAUAAUCUCACAGAUUCCUCACAUCAAUCCAGCUUUCAGCUGUCGACUGCAGAUCUUAUAAUAUAAACCCAAGAGAUUAAUUAAAACCAGAAAAUAAGAAUUAAACCAGAUUUUCUCUCAUUUUAGUUAUGAAGAUUAUUUUCUGGACAUUUCUCUUUUGUAAUAGUUUUAAUGCUUAUAUUACUUAUGUGUCUUCACACUGAAUGAACUUGCAGUUCUUUUAUAUCAUUACAUGAA